UCUCGCAUACAGAUCAGAGGAUGAGCACUUCUUCUUCCAUGGCCUUUCAGUUAGGAGCUUCUUCCUCUCUCUCAUUCUCUUCUUCUUCCAUUCGUAGAUGGACUCACGAUGUAUUCUUGAGUUUUAGAGGUGAGGAUGUUCGCCAAAACUUUAUUUCUCAUCUAUACCAUGCUUUGCAUCAAAGGGGAAUCAACACUUAUAUAGACAACAAUCUCGAAAGAGGAGAGGAAAUUUCGUCAGAACUUUCCAAAGCAAUUGAAGGAUCAAUGAUUUCUAUCAUUGUACUCUCUAAGAACUAUGCAGAGUCUCGAUGGUGUUUAGAUGAGCUAUUGAAGAUCCUCGAGUGUAAGGAAAUGGUAAAACAAAUUAUUUUUCCCUUGUUCUACGAUGUAGAUCCGUCAGAGGUACGACAUCAAAAAGGGAGUUUUGGAGAAGCAUUCGCCAAACUUAGAUAUAAGUUGAAGGAUGAAGUAAAGGUCACAAAGUGGGAGGCAGCUUUGGAAAAAGUAGCCAAUUUGUCCGGACUCGAAUUAGGGGACAGGAAUGAAUCAGAGUUUAUUCAAGAUAUCAUUAAAUGGGUGGAUUCAAUAAUGGUAAAUCGUACAUUUCUUAAGGUUGCUAAGCAUCCAGUUGGAAUAGAGUCCCGCGUACGAGACAUUUUUCAACAUUUAAAUAUGGGAAGGAAUGAUAUUAUAUGCACGAUAGGGAUAUUUGGAACCGGUGGAAUUGGUAAGACAACUAUUUCAAAAGAGGUCUAUAACAGGAUUUCUUACCAAUUUGAAGGAAGUUGUUUCUUGAAAAACAUUAGAGAAACUUCAAAAGUAGGAGGUCUGAUCCAGCUACAAAAGACACUUCUUUAUGAGACUUUGGGAAUAAGUUUGGAAUGUCAUGAUACUGAAAAAGGCAUCAAUGUAAUUAGGCAUAGACUUUGCUUUAAAAGAGUUCUCCUAAUUCUUGAUGAUGUGGAUGACUUGGUUCAACUAGAAACAUUGGCUGGAGCUCGUGAUUGGUUUGGUUCAGGAAGUAGAAUCAUCAUAACAACAAGAGAUCAACAUUUAUUAAAUAUAUCUAAAGUUGAUUCAAAAUAUGAAGUAAAGAGAUUGGACCAUAAUGAAGCUCUUGAGCUCUUUAGUUGGCAUGCUUUUGAGGAAGACAAACCAAUUGAAGAUUACGUGGAACUCCCUAAGCAAGUAAUGCAAUAUGCUGAGGGCCUUCCACUAGUUUUAACAGUGCUAGGCUCAGAUUUAAGGGGUCAGAAUAUAAAUUAUUGGAGAAGUACAUUGGAUAAGUAUAAACGAAUUCCUAGCAAAAAUAUUCAAAAAGUACUUUGUAUAAGUUACGAUGGAUUGGAUGAUAAUGAGAAGGAGAUUUUCCUCGAUAUUGCCUUUUUUUUCAAUGGACAAUACCUGGAUCAUGUCGUUGAAAUAUUAGAUAGCUGUGGUUUCUCUCCGGAGAAUGGUAUCAAAAGGCUUAUAGAUAAAUGUCUCAUUACAAUUACUACUUACAAUACAUUGUGGAUGCAUGACUUGCUACAAGACAUGGGAAGAGAAAUUGUCCGAAAGGAAUCACCUAAAGAACCAGGCGCACGUAGUAGAUUAUGGUUUCAUGAAGAUAUUCGCCAUGUACUAGAGGAAAAUACUGGAACAAACAAUGUGGAGGGGAUAGAAGUGAUUCUGCCUGAGAGCAAUGAUCAUGACAUGAUACGCUUGAGUCCCAAAUCAUUUGCAAAGAUGAAAAGACUCAGAUUUUUUAAAAGCCAUGGUGCAUACUUUUCUGGAAGAUCACUUGAUUAUCUUUCUAAUGAAUUAAGAGUGCUUGAUUGGUCAAAUUGUCCUUUACAAUCUUUGCCAUCUAAUUUCCGUGGAGAGAAGCUAUUUGAUUUCAAACUAUAUAGAGGCCGCAUCCAGGAGAUUAGCGGGCAAUUUAAGAACUUGACGAGAAUGAGAUUUUUUGAGUAUAAGCUUGCUCGUUUGCGUCUUUAUCAAUGCUCCAACAUGAAGAGUUUUCCAAGGCGUCUCAAGUUGAGAUCUCUAGAAGUCCUUACACUUUUUAAUUGCUCAAAACUUCAAACCUUUCCAAAAAUUGAGUUGACUGUAUUCAUGGAUGCUGCAAGGACCUGA